GGUUUAUGGAAUUAAUUGCGUUAAGCAUAUUUGCACGUCACCCUCAAAACGGUGGUUACUUCUAAUUUACUGACUCCAAAUAGAAUUUUCGGUCGUUUAUGAACCCAAAGGUUCACUGCAGUGUUGGUCCCUGUUCUGAGCCUAUUGAAUCCAGAUGAUGCUAUGUUUAUUCAAUACACGCUUUAAUAAUAUCUUUCCAUCUACGUAUCCCACGAGAUGUCUCUUUUUUUCGGUUUUUCAACAAAACUCUAGCAUGUUUUCCUGGGUUUUGUCGCCGUAGAGACUCAUCAUCACACUCCUUGUUGCGAAUGAAGUCGUACGAACUCCGUUUGUUGACAGUUUGACACGAACAUUAAAUAUCUAUUUUUGUACUCAAUUGUGGAGAAUAACGUCAUACUAACACUUAUUUAAUUUUUAAGUUGCAUACGUAGUUUUAUAUAAUAAUUCUUCUAUUCAAAGUUGCGAACCACUUGUUUAGAGGGUGCGAGGUAUUAAUGAACAAUCACAGGAAAGGAGAUAUCCAGGUGAAUUUUCAAAAUAUGUAUCUCCAGAAUAGAACCACUACGCUGCAGUGUCAACUUGAUUUUGAACUUUACCAGUGACAAAUUUCUGCCCGUUUGAGCGGGCGUGUGGAAUUUGGCAUGACAAAAGAUUUAAGAGAAUAUUUGUAAUCUGCGUGCUGUGUUCUGUGAACUGUCAUUCUUGUAUGUAACUGCAGGCCCAAAUCCUUGUGACUAAAACGUUUCAAAUAUUAUAUAUUUAUAACUAAUAUCAUGGAAGAGUCCUCUUUGUCAAGCUGAAAGUCAUUCAGCUGGUCAGUAAAUUAUUGGUAUUUUAUGGAACUUGAAAGUUCAAUGCGUUAAACACAAGAAACAACACUGGGCUCUGUUCUGAGUCAGAUGAAUCCAGUUCAGGCCCUGUUUUUACUAUUCACUUUAAUAUUAUCCCCACGUUUGCACCUAGGUCCCUCUAGUGGCCUGCUUCUUUCUGGAUUUUCGACUACAAUUUUGUGUGCAAUUCUCUCUGGACUUCCAUCAGCUCCCCACUGUCAUUUAGAAAUAUGUUAAUUUCGCCAUAUUUUCUAAGCAUUUGUUAGCUAUCUUUAUAUAAUGAGGUUGCCGUAUUUUAUGGUAAACAACCGUGUGGUCUUAAAAAUAAUAGUGUGUGCAGUCUGGCACGCAGUGCCAGGUUGAAAAAGUGGGUAUGAAUCAUCCAUUAUAUGAGGUCGUUCUAAUUCUUAGUGUUUUGCUUUUAAAUGUAUUUUUGAGCGAUAAAGAGGUCAAGAAACUUUGGACAGCCCUGGACAUAAACAUAAACCUAUACUUAGUUUGCUGUGCAUUUACUACUACACCAAACCGCACUACUGCCCUUCUGUGUUGCGAUACAUUCUACCUCGUUGAAAAAGACACUAGAAUUCUUCUUCGGUGGAUGUGUUUGUUUAUAGUUUAUUUAGCGACGCCGUCAAGGCUAUACAGUGUAGCAUCAAAGAAAAGAAUGAUUAUGAAUAAUCAGUUGGAAUGGAUAUGGAAAGAAGGAGCGGUUGCAUGAUUUAAGAUAUUACCCCUCCAUAUUCUUGGAGGGACUGAGGAAAACCUCUUUGCCGAUAUCCCGAAUAUGAAGCCGCGAGAGGAAAUCAGUAAUUGAGUUCGAAGAAAACAGUUUGUAACUGAUGUAAGAAGGAACUCAAUAAAAGUAAACACAAUAUUAAAGUUGUCUGUUUAUCAAAUCAUGUCAUGAAGGCUUACGCGGAGCGUGCAGGUUAGAAAGAAAGAACCUUUGGUGUCCGUCAGGUGAGCCCCACAGUCUUUCUGUACGUGGUAGCGAAGAGAAGGGUUUCUGAUCGCGCCGAGACAUGACAUCUGGUAACCCAUCCUGUAGCCAGUUUCUUUACUGACAGAACUUUCAGAGCACCGUAAAUGAAUAUAGGGAGGACAUAAAUUACUUCUACAGAAGUCAAGAACAAACGAGGCGUUUCUGUGCUUAGGCACCACGCCAUGAAGACCAGUGAGUGGAGAUAACGCUCUACGCAUUUUUAACCUAAGGACUAGAUGGAACUUAGUGAUCAGCUUCAUGCUUCGGCCAUUUUACCCCAGUAAAAGAGUUACCGUAAUCUGUUGAACAAGGGGUUGAAUGACGCGCCAUAGGCGGUCUGAGGUCUUUGGUGAAGAGGAAUACUACUGACCUUGCAUGUGAUCAAACCCCGGUCGCCCAGCCCGUACCCAGUGACUUUACUAUUUUAGCUAAUCCACCUUGUAUUUGUAUAAUGGUUGUGAAGCUAAUUUUGCUUACCUUGUACUUAAUCUUCUUAGUCCCGUCCCAUUGUUCCCAUUCUUUCGUAAUGAACAAGGUGAAAUUUUAUGAUAAUGCUAAUACGAAGGAUAAAGAACAGUGAUAUGUGUCAUGCGCUUGCAUCUGUCAUGACAGCAACAGCAACUUUUUCACACAAAGGGCAUUUUAAUAUCACAGAACUUUGCUCGAUCUGCAAUCCAAAUGUCUCUGAAGUCUGACAAAAUUUUAACACAGUGUUAUGUGUAUUGUUAGAGGUCAAAUAUGAUCAAGUGUGAUACCUUGUUAGUCAACAUAUCUGAAUGACAGGGAUCGUGCAUGUAAAGAUGCUAUUGUGGACAGAGCCAUGGUUUUAACCCCGCUGCAAGUGGACUGUGACGAUGGUUACCACAGCCCCUCGCUGCGUGCCAUGGCUGUUUUCCGCUCCUCCAGUUCUUACGUCACAAGGCAUUUUGACGCUGCCCAAAACAAACAUCUGUGCCAGUUCUGACUGUGUUUGUUAUGGAGUUGUCACACUUCCAAUAAUGAAUGGGUGGAUAGAUGGUUGGUUGGUUGAAUGGAUGGAAUGAAGGAAGAAACAUGAAACAACAAAAAGCAAGUGUCUGAAAAUGUUUAUUUUUGUACCUCAAGGCAAACGAAUUGCUAUCGACCUGUACGAUACUGCCUGAAUUUUGAAGGGAAAAAAAGCCAAUGGAACAAAUGGAAAUUUGUGACGUGCAGCCAAAAGUAAAGAUUGACAGAGGACGGAAGAUAUGGCCACAGCACUUGGCUGCAAGCCUAGCCACACUAUCUGCUGCAUGUGCGGGUGCUGUGGAUGGAUGGACUGCAGCUGGUAUCCCUCACCUGGAACAAGCCUACAACCUAACUGACAACAUUACAGUCCCUGGCAUCACCUAUGAUGAAGGGUCUUGGAUAGGGUCCCUGUCACCUCUGGGUUCACUGGUUGGAGCCAUUCCAGCUGGGUACCUGGCGAACUUGAUGGGCCGACGGCUGUUGAUGCUCAUCAUGGCUGCACCAAUGUUUCUGGGAUGGGUUAUGAUAAUCUUUGCUGAUAAAUCUAUUUUGGUCCUUUACACGGCCCGAUUCAUUCUUGGCUUCACUUGUGGUAUUAUCACAGUAGCUUCACCCCUAUACAGCGAGGAAAUAGCUGAAGUUAGGAUCCGAGGUGCUCUGGGUGUUUAUUUAGACCUUAUGUUCAACGUGGGAAUUCUGUAUGUGUAUGUGGUUGGUGCUGUUCUUCCAUACCUCUGGAUGUCCAUUGCAUCCACCAUGCUUCCACUUUUGUUCGCUGUCACCUUCUUCUGGAUGCCAGAGUCACCCAUCUAUCUUCUUUCCAAAGACCAGAUCGAAGAGGCUGAGAAAUCUCUCUCUUGGCUUCGAGGUGCUGAUAAUCAAAGCAGUGCUUCCAUUGAAGAUGAGUUGAAAGAAAUGCAGAGCUUUAUAAAGCGAAACAAAGUUAGUAUUUCUGUCUCAGGUGACCAAACAUCUUUACCUGUCAAGAUUAUCAAUGUCUUCAAGAGCAUUUCUGUCACAUCUGCAACAAUGAAAGCCAUGAAUAUUAUAUUUGGUUUGAUGACUUUACGACAGUUGUGUGGAAUGAAUGCUGUACUGGCUUAUACUGUUAAUAUAUUUGAAGAAGCAGGCAGUUCCUUGGACCCUCACUUAUGUACUGUUAUUGUUGGUAUAAUUCAACUUAUCUCAACUUGCAUACCUUCCUUUAUUGUUGACUGCAUUGGAAGAAGAAUAUUACUCAUAAUUUCAGGUGCAGGAAUGGGGGUGUGUUUGCUACUAAUGGUAAUCCGUUUCUAUCUCCUUAAUCAGGGAAUUGAAAUAACAUUAAUGGGAUGGCUUCCUUUGAUUGCUGUAAACUUGUACAUUGUUGCUUGCUCAAUUGGGUUUGGACCUCUUCCUUGGUUCAUGAUGCCAGAGCUCCUAAGCAAUGAAGCUAAAAGUUGGGUUAGUUCAAUUGCUGUUUGCCUUAAUUGGGCAUUGGCAUUUCUUGUCACAAAAUUCUUCCCCAUUAUGAUAAAUGACAUGGGUCCAGAGGCCACCUAUGGGACAUUCUUUAUUAUAUGCCUUCUUGGUACCAUAUUCGUCAUGAUUUUUGUACCAGAAACGAAAGGGAAAACCCGAGAAGAGAUACUUUGUCAGCUAUCAGGCAAAUAAAUAGUGUUGUUGUACUAUUGCUUUUUGUGGGCUCUGAUAUCUUAUUAAGUGUGUAAACAAGAAGUUUAUGUACUUAACAUAUAUUCACAUUUUAAAGGUCUUUGAUCACAUAUUUUAAGACCCAAAGUUAAUUAGCACUGUUAUCAGUCCCACUCAGACAUUCUCUUUUGCCAUGGUGGUAUUACUGACAGUAGUGAAUUAGAAGUAAGAAAGAACUUUGGGUACGUGACAAAGGCAUGAAACCCACAGAAUUUACGAUUCCAUAAUAUUGUAAGUGCAUGUUUCCUGAGGAAGUAAGAUACAAACAGAUUGUUGCCAAAUAUUUAUAGAAAUGUGUAAGUUGAGUGAACCAAAGUAAAAAUAUAGAUAUACGUAAAAUAUACUUUUGCCCUCCAUCACCAAAAUUGAACCAAGCUGUAAGAAUAACAUGACUCAGCAUUUAACUCAUAUUUUAUUUAUUGUAAUUAGUCAGCAGCAUGUUUCAGAAUCUUUCUUUAAAAGUUGAUAGUCUCUCACUUUGUCAAUAAUUACCUGAGUUUGUGGAACUUGAAGUCCAUUAUCUUGAAAAUCCAUCAUUUUGUCCCAGCCUGAAUCAGUCCAAUCCAGCCCUCACAUUUACAUACCAUAGGCAUAUCUUUUAAAUCUUUUGAGGUUUUCUGACUAAAACUUUGUAUGUAUUGCUUAUUUUGCCAUAUAUUUUUCAUGUUUGGCCCACCUCAUCCUUCUACAUUUAAUUGUCCUAACCAUAGCAGGUAAAGAGAACAGAUUAUGAAUCUCCUCAUUAUGUAAUUUUCUGCAAUCCUUUGCUUCCUCAUCUCUGUUAAGUCUAAAUAUUCUCCUUGGCACUUUCUUCUCAGAAAUCUUCAGUCUUUUUCUCUUAAUAUGAUUUUGUGGACAUAUGAAACAACAAGAAAAAUUAGGUUUAUGUAUGUUUUAAUCUCUAUGAUAUAUUAAUGUGGGAAACGGAAAGGCAAAAUAUUCCAAAUUGAAUGGUAGCAAACUCCCCUGAAUUAAUUGCAUGAUAGUAUUGAAAUUUUUCUCCCAGAUGUCUUGCACAUUUAGCUAAUUGAUGGUUUGCAUGAGCAUUGUGUGACCGUCACCAUAUUAUAUUUGAAAUUAAAACCAGAAAUUAAAUCAAACUGUGUAGUUUUGUUUCACGAUAAGUAUAUUUUAUGGGAGAGGUCUUUUCAUUUAUGGUAACACUAACAAUGAUUUUCAGACUUAUCUUCUUUUUAUGCAUGUUGCAGAUUAACCUUCCCUUUCAUUGUAAUAAUAUUUACAAAUGGAACUGGUUUGUACAUAACACUUGGAAUUUCUGCAGUUUGUUGAGUACUAAUUGCUUCAUUCAUAGAUGAACCUUCAAUAAGAAGUUUAUCAUUAAAAAAUACCGAUUUUUUCAGUAUAUUCCAAUAAUAAAGAUGAUAUUGGGGUAUGUCCUUACUAAAUACUGAAAAUUUGUGUCCAUUUUCUAUAAAGAGGCAACUCAGCACAUAUUCAAUUUUGAACUGCACUGCAGUUUUUAUACUACUUUUUUAGCAUUGGCUAGGGUGUUCUACAAAAUCUGUGUCCACCCUAGUCAUAACAUUAUUACAGAUAUUUUCAUUACUAUUUUUACAAUACAGUGGGGUGAAAACUAUGUUGGACUGUGCCAGUAACAGGCUAAUUGUCCAUCCCCCCAGAUGAAACAUGAGUGAAUAUGGAGCAUCAUUGGUGUGAUAUUGACAGGUAAAACAUAGAAGACUUGAAGAUAAGCUUAUCCCAGUGCCACUUUAUCCAUCAUAAAUCCUACUUGGAUUGCCUGGAAGCAAACGUGCGCCGCUGUGGUAAGAAGGUGGCAAUUAACUGCCAGUGCUAUGUCAGGGUCAAAUAUAUAUGUAUAAUUUAACAUUCCAUAACAUGCCUAAACUGUUAUUUAUUUAUCAAACAUUACAAUUGAUAGUGGCAGCAUAAAGAAACAAAUAAGUAUGCUGCAGUAAUUAUUUUCUUUAAUGAAAUUUAAUGAAAAUAAGUAUACUUCUUCCAAAACAUAAUGUCCUACCAGUAUAAGCAGGACAGCAAAACAUGAGAAAAUAUACAUACUAUUAAUAAAGUUACCAUCAUUCUCCUUCAAAUAUGAAUGUAUCAUUUGCCUAAAAGUAUUUCAUCCUGUACCACUUUAUAAAGCUAUAAAAGGUAAAUUUAUAAUUUAAAUUGUCUACUCUAAUGGAGAAUUUAUUACUAAAAACAUAAUUGAUCUCAGGGCAGAAACAUGUACAUUAUUUUCUUAACAGGGAGGUACAUGGGUAGUACAGACACUCAACAUUUGGGGUGGGCAUUAGUUCUUAACUGAUAAUGAAACAGGAAUCAAACAGCAACAACUAGCCUGAUAUAAUUAGUAGUAAAUAUAUUCUGCAGGCCAAAUUCUUUGGUUACAGGUCAUUGAGUGUGCCCAUUAGGAAUAGCUCCUACAUUGAUUCUGCAGACCUAAACAUUAUUACCAAGAGAUGUUAAAGCCAUAUAUGUACAUGAACAAUUUUAUCACUUGCAUUAUUAAAUAUGCUGAUUCCUUGCUUAUUUAAAGGUUCUUUGUCAACUUCACAGAUUAUAUACCAUUGUAUCGGGAAUCAUAGAGGAUUAUGGAGAAUUAUAGGAAAGGUUGUGGAAGGAAGAGGUCUCAACUUAUUUUAAGAUACUUUCUGAGCAUUUUCUUGGAGAUACUAAGGAAAAUCAUGAAAUACCUGAGUCAGGAUAGUUCAUAGUGUGAGAAAGUAUCAAUCCUGGGACUCCUUCAACAUGAUAUAGGAGUACUAACCACUACACUGCAAAAUUGAAUAACCUAGUAAUAAAAGUAUAUUCUGUGUUAAAUAUCUUACAAAAUACUGUCUUGAGGAUGCAGCUGAUACAUACUAUGUAGAUUUAAGUUUUAUAGUCACAGUUUAUUUAUGCAAUAUUUAUUUUAUUGUGUUAAGUACUCAAGUAUUAGUUUAAAAUGCUGUUUGACUGUGAUCCAUAUUAUAUAUACAUAUGCCUUGCUUACUGAAAUUAAGAUAUUUAUCUAUGUUUAUUUGCUAAAAUUAAUUAGUAAUAAUGGAUGUAGACUACUGUGUCAAACUUCCAGUGAAUGAUAAAUAUGUCUUACUCACAGAUAUGCUUGUAUUAUAAAAUAUAUUUGUCAAUAUUCUGAUGAGCCUGUAAACUGUAAUUGUGAACUUCAUGAAGAUACAAAGAAAAUGUAAUUACAAACUGAACUUAUAGGAGCAGAGUUGUGUUCAUAGUUUUUCUUCCACAGGAUACAAUUUACCAUCCUAUGAGGGAAUUGAUGUUCUGUAUCCAAACCAUCAGGCUUCUGUUUUGCCCUAGUGGUGGAUGUUUAUAAGUUCAACGUCAUUAUCUCAAAUUUUCUCUUACAGGCAAGACACAGUGAUGUGUGAAAUCAGACUAUUUAUUGGAAAUUAUAUGUGAGAAUACAUAUAAUAUUAAUUCAGAUUAAUUUAGAGUUGCCUACUGUACUUAGUUCUUUGAUUAUAAAAUAAUGGUCAUUGUAAUAAUGUUGUUUACAAAAUACCUUCCCACAGUGCUAUAUUAAUAUGACAGUAAAUGUGAGGAUUCUUUUUGUUCAAAUUGGAUAGCGAUUACUGAAUUUACAAAACACGUAUUCAGUUUCUUAUUAUUAACUCACAGUACUGCUUAAUGCAUAAGGUAGGAUGCUUAUUAAAUACAUGACUAGUUCUGAGAUCUCAGGAAUAUAUUUUCCAUCAUUAAUUAAUUUAAAAUGUUGAUUGUAAAAUAUAAUAAGUAUUAUGUGUUCUAUUUCGUUGUGUUUUAGAAGGAAAACAGGUUUGAGGUUAUUCCCGUUGUCAUUUAUUCGUGAUGAUGUAACUGCUGUAGUGUUGUAGAUAUGUAAUUUGAAGAAAAAAUAAUUAUAUCUGUCAUUAAAACUUUAA